AACUAAGAGGCUUAAGAGCAUCUCCAAGAUUGGAGAUCAUAUGCAUAAAAUUUAUUUUUGCUCUAAUGCAUAGAUGCAAAUGAGGAGAUUGAAAUUUUGAUUUGCUAGUGUUCAUUCGUUUUUGUGUAGAUUUUGUUUUUUGUUAACCAAAUUAAUUUGAGCUCCUUCAGAAUCUGAGCCGGAUGGUUAGCAAUAAACAAAGCCCAAUGAAGCCCAACAGAUAUGUAACAUCUGGGCACAAGUGAGAUUGCAAAUUUACAACUUCAAAGUGAUGAACCCUAAAUUCCCAAUUUAGCUUAAACGUACAAAAACUGCUCGUUCAUUAUUUUUUAUCAAAAGAAAUAGAAAUCUGGGAUUUGGGUUUACACAGAGAUGGCCAAAAGAUUAGGCUCGCAGCUCUUCGUCAGCAGGUUAUCAUCGUUCACGUCCAGUGAAAAGCUCAGGAAAUUGUUUUCUCCCUUUGGAAAUGUUACAGAAGCCAGGUUAAUUAUGGAUCGUCGAACUGAUAGACCAAAAGGUUUUGGUUUUGUUACUUACCAGUCAGAUGUGGAGGCACAAAAAGCUUUGAAGGCAAUGAAUGGCAGGAUGGUUGAUGGGAGGCUGAUUUUUGUUGAAGUUGCCCAGACUGGAAGGCAUGAAAACGAUACCUAUUCUUGAGAGGAAGUUAACCUAGUCAGCUUUGUAACUUUCAGUGUUGGCCGGUUGAAUCGACGAAAAUGGAAUGGUUUAGGAUUGAACUCAAAUCAGAUUACCAUAAGGAUUGAGAAUUCAACUUUGCUUAUACUAAACGAUGAGAUUACUAUU